AUGUCUGAUGACCUUCCUCCCCCUGUGAAGCAAUCACCAUCGUUCCAUCCUGCCCUCACCGUCUUGAAUAUUAAUAACCAUGUCUCUGUGGUCCUCGAGAUGGAAAACUCUCAAUAUGGAACAUGGGCUGAACUCUUCAAGAUUCAUGCUCGAUCUCACAAAGUUCUCCAUCACAUUAUUCCUCCCCCUCCAGGAAAAGAAAAGCCGCCACCCUCAACUGAUGAAGAACUCGAGUUAUGGACCACCAUUGACGCCACCGUGCUUCAAUGGAUUUAUUCGACUAUUUCGAAUGACCUUUUAAACACCAUUAUUGAACCGGAUGCCACUGCCAUGGAAGCUUGGGAUUGUUUGCGUGAAAUAUUCCAGGACCAUCAAAACUCUCGUGCGGUGAUCCUUGAACAAGAAUUCACCACGACCCGCAUGGAGGAUUUUCCAAAUGCUUCCACAUAUUGUCAGCAUCUCAAGAACCUUGCGGAUCAAUUGAAAAACGUUGGGGCUCCUGUUUAA